GUUGAACUACUGCAGUUGUUAGAUCACUCUUGUCGUGCGGGUAGUGUCAAUGAAGAUGAUUUGGGUGUUCUGUAAGUAACCUUACUAAUAUCAAGUAGGCUAAAGUAAUAGCUAUACAGGCCAAUAGUAAGUGAGCUGUUUAAAAAAGUGUUAUGCGUUAUUUCAUGUGUAGUGCACCGGCCGAAUCGUCCUAUGUAGACUUUUUUCCUCAUGUUCCACCGUCUUGCAAUGUUGAGGUUUGGGAGAGUAUGGAAAAGCAGAGUAGCCUUAAUCGAUCAUGCGAUUAUGUUUUAUCAUGUUAUGCUAUCAUGUUUUUUUCAUGUUAUUCGACCAUGUUUUAUGCCUAGUUAAAAUGUAAUGUUUUUUAAAGUUUAUUUUAGUCUAUAUAUAUGUUUAUUAUUAAUACGGACUGAUGGAAUAUGGCAAAUUCGUCCACUCGUGCUCUGAUAUCGCAGUUUGGAGGAUUUGGAUGAUUCACUUGAUGUAUUUUGUCAAUGUUUGUCUGUCUACAUCAUAGCGGAAAUCCCCAUAUGUUUAUUUAUUUUCCCUUUUGUACUUUAACUAUUUGCACGUAAAAUGACAUUUGAAAUGUCUUUAUUUUUUUGGAACUUUUGUGAGUGUAAUGUUUACUGUUCAUUUUAAUUGUUUAUUUCACUUUUGUUUACCAUCUACUUCACUUGCUUUGGCAAUGUUAACAUAUGUUUCCCAUGCCAAUAAAGCCCUUAAAUUGAAUUGAAUUGAGAGCGAGAGAGAGGCUUGUGUGUGCGUGCGUGCAUGCGUGAGUGUUUAUGGAACAGGUGUAUACACGUGUGAGCAGUGUUUCUUAUCAGUAUUAUUAGCUUGAUGUGUCAGUGUCGUUGCAAAACAAUGGAGCGGUGUGUUCUACUUGUCAAAUCCGUUCUCUGAUUUGUGAAAACCGCUCUAACCAAUUAUCCCACCUCUUUGUUAUGGGUGGAAGAUGGCACAUUGAUGCCAUCUGUUGGUAAAUGUUCAUUACUGCAACUCCAGUGUUUUACCGGUGUACUUGAGAUACCCGGAUGUAUUGCAAUAUACUGAACAAGACUGGUUACUUGCAUCAAUGCCUCUGUCUCGUUAUUUAACAUUCAAACACUCUUAAUUUGAUAUAGCUUUUAGUACAAUACAUCUGGGGGUUUGUGGACAGAUAUCUGUUAUACACUCCUGUAAUAUAACAUCCAUUUUAAAUGUCUAUGUCUCUCUAUCUCUCUGAUUCUACAAUCCAUGCCAUGUGUCCAAAGUUCAAACUGAGUUCCCUUUCUUUCACAGUGGUGUCUCAGCUGGCUAGCUGUGUCAGCGCCCAGACCAUUGGCUGUAACAACACUGUACAUGCCGACGGUACAACGACCUAUCAACUCUCAGAGCCCCUGCCAGGAUCGCCCUCAACCUGUGUAAGGCAGUGGUUGGAUGCAAAUGUGAGUGACUAUAUGAUUGCUUAUUUUGGGGCUACAUCUGUAUAGCUGAGAUCAACAUUGUUUGAAUGACACUCCAGUACAUGCUGUGCAGUACUAUUUUCAUGUUGGACCUGAUGAUGAGGCAACUGGCAGAUGUGUCACUGUAUUCAUUCACAGCAGUGGCCACCGGCCCCAGUCCUGGAGAACUACAGGAUGUGCAGGCUUUAUUUCCAGCCCAGCACUAACACACCUGAUUCAACUAAUCAAGAUCUUGAUGAUUAGUUGAGUAGUUGAAUCAGGUGCAUUUCUGUUCUGUAGCUAUCCAGGACCAGGGUCAGUGAACAGUGAGUUAUGCGAUGCUGUGGCAACACAGAGUAACACCAUUUUGUGUUUUGUAUUUUAUUUAGGAUACUGUUCUCACCACUGACAAAGACAUGGACAAAGAUCGUGUUGUGGUUCAGACCAGUCAAUCUAUUACCACCACAGGCUGCAUGGACAGACUGAAGUACUUAGAGGAAUGCACACAUAAUAAAAAGGUGCAUAGAAUAAGUUUACCCUCCACUACAACCCUACUGUUACUGUAUGGUUACUGUUUGUGUUUGGAUAACAUGAAAAUAAAGGUCAUGAUUAUGGAUUUCAUUUGCAUACACAUGCUGUAGCUGUCACUAGGUCGUAAAGUGCUUGAUAAAGGCAAGCUCACAUCAUGCAACACCUGUGUGUAGCACUCACUAUUUGGGUAAUGCACAGUAGCCAUUUUGUGCCAAAAUACUCACCACAUAUUCACACUGGCUAUCAGUGUCAUGAGCACAUAGAACAUAGCAGCGGGAUUCAUGAGCAUUUAAGGCCAGAGAGAGUGCAGACAUGUUCAGGCAUGUUCAGGACAUCUAGUGACUACUUCCUCUCUGCCUUCUGUUCACCUGUUUUUUUCUCCAUCUCUUAUAGAUGUCAUUUCGUGAAGCAGAGUGCCUUAGUGAGUAUGAGUCCAUAUUACAGUGUUAUUGCCAAACCACCAGUAGCAAGGUAGAGUUAGUAUUUCUAAGAACAAUGCACUGAAAGCAUGGUGAGAUGUUUUCACCAGAAAUGAGAAUCCACAUCAGACACCUACAUAAAAUCCCCCCUCAUAUUCUCACUGCUCUGUAGUUGUGGAAGUACCGAAAUACACAUCCCACACAAAUAAUGUUCAGAGAGCAUGCCAACAAGUCUGCAAACUUGAAUGGCCCGUUUAGUCAUGUCAGAAUGCUUUAGAUGGGAUAUCUAGCACGUUUGGAAUCGUAGUAGUAGUAGUAGUAGCAGCAGUAGCAGUAGCAGUAGUAGUAGCAGUAGCAGUAGCAGUAGCAGUAGCAGUAGCAGUAGCAGUAGCAGUAGUAGUAGUAGCAGUAGUAGUAGCAGUAGCAGUAGUAGUAAGUCAUUACCUAACUGUAAAUAAAGUGCAUGUACAUUUUAAUGAAAGUACACUAAUACUGGUUCAAGUUAGUUACUAAUGUUCUUGCUGUGUUGUUAAAUGUAUGCAACUUUGUGUGCAACUUUGUGUGUGUGUGUGCUAUUCUCAAGGCUUGCUGGGGUUUUCCACCAACUUCAACAUUGUGUCUCUGAACUUGUCUAGGUAACUGCAUUGUGAAGCCGUUUAACCUGGAACACGUUGAAUCAGGUGAUGAUGACUCACAGUAGCUUGAGACAUGCAGAGAGAUCUUGGUAUUGUUGCUAUGGCUCCAGUAAUCUGCCACUUCCUGUUAACUACUGGAUACUAUAACUGUCUGAAAACAUUCCUUUGUUAUCUAAUGUCUGCUUGAUUCAGAGGCUUUAUUGACUCUCUUAUCAGCAGUAAUAGCAGACAUAUACUUUGAUUGGUCUGGAUUGAGUGGCUCUUUAUUACAAUGGCAGCACUUAGUUAACUACCAGUGCUGUAUAAACUAAAUGAUACUGUAGUAACACUGUAAUUAUAAAGUGGUUUAUUUAACACCUUCCAUACCAUAACAUUGCAAGAUUUGAAAUUCCAAAACAUACAGGUAAAACGAACAAUGCAUACGAUUAGAGAAAAUAAAGUGUGGUUGUGUGUUUGAUGCUGAUCUACCCUUCCUCUCCUCCUCUUCAACAGAGCACAAUAUAUGUUUUGGUGAUUGGUGUGUAUCAGAGAUAACAUUUGGGCUUGCCUUUGGGAUAUCAGCUGCUGUCAUCAUCAUCAUCCUGGUUCUCCUUAUUCGCUACAAGAUCCUCAUUUACCGGUAAGCAUCCUCAUCAGAGGGGAUGUACUGUAACUGUGGAACUCAGGUUGGAGUGUUCAGUCAGGAGAUAGUGAAGAAAGUAUGUUGAAGACUUUUAAUUAAGAAGAUUGGAUGAUGUAUGAUGGGAUUCAAGGUUUUGAUGUUCUAUUGAUGUGUUGAGAAGAAGAGUUUUAUAUGUAUAUGACUAUAUUGAUGAUGUACUGUAUAUUUUCAAUAACAUAGUAUUUUGAUAGUAUGUAUCUGAGUGGAGUAUUGCUGUCUUUUCUAGAGUGUGCGUGUUUGUUAGAAGUUGGGUGAAUGGGAGCACUAGAGAACCCUCUCCUGACCCAGAGAAGUCCCAGACCCACCCUGCUCCUGCUCCCAUUGUCAAGUACUCCCCUGUGAACCAGCAGGCAACAGUCAUCGUGUGAAAAGGGACCAGGGGGUGAAGGGGCGGAGGGAAAGAGGAUCGAGAGAGAACAAGAUGUAGAGGUUAUAGGAGAGGAAGGAAAGAGGUUUAUUUGCUUUGAGUUCACUUCCUGGCCAGAGUCGUCAUUGGAAAUGAAAAUAGGUUCUCAUCCAGCCAACUUGGUCACUUAAAGGCUACUUCCCCAGAGUCAGAUGAAC